AAAAAUCCCAAUGUCUUCAUUCAGUUUCUUUGUCUCAAUCAAAUCACUUCAUCGUUUAGUUUAAUUGUCUCAUUGGAAUUAACAAUUUCAAUCUUAUAUUCUAUUCGGUUAAUUGUUCAUCUUUGCUGCUUUAAUUUUAUUCAGUUCAUUGGAUUAAUUUCUCAAUACACUUGAUAUGGAUCAUUUUCGCUUCUUGGUAAUUGGUUUGAUUGUCGCUUCAAUCGGUCAAUCGAUCGCUGCUCCAGUUUCGGAGGGAACGACAGUUGAUGAAGAUGUUGUCACACCUUUGACAUUAAUUGAUUCUUCGUCAAGUGAAUCUGAUUUAACGAUGAUCGAAUCAAGUGAAGAUAAAGAUGAAGAUGAUGGAACAAUUAAAAAAAGAAACAAUCGUUUGAUGACAUCGAUUGAUAAAUUGCGAAAACGAGCAGAUCAAAGUCGUCAAGUUCUAUCGGGAAUCGUCGAGUCCUUCAUGUCAGAUCCUUCGAAUGACGGAAGUAAAUUGGAAGAAUCGUUAACUAAAUAUGACGAAAUCGUCGAAGACAUUGAAGCAGAUUUCACGAAAGCGAAAAUCGAGUUUGGUCUUCGAAUGGAACAGAACAUUGGAAAUGUGAAUAAAUCAUUAGAACAAAUGGAACAACAAUUAAAUGAUCUAAAUCAACAAUUCAUCAAUUGGAGUUCCAAAAAUCGAGCGAAAAUGACCAAUCAGAUGAGACAAGGAAUCUUACAAUUCAACGAUUUCUUGUCUUCGGGAGUCGAAAUGUUUCUCGAAGUAUCGGAAAAGGGAAAAGACGUUCUAAGGAACAUAAACCGACGAAGAUUCGAUUCGAACAACAAAAAAUCAACUGAUCAAGAGAAUUAUAAAAAUUCUGGUUUUUUCAUUCCCUUUUUGGGUCAAUUGUGAUUCAACUUCAAUUCACUUCUGACAAACUACUUUAAACUCCCAACGAAUCAAUUAAAUGUAAAAACAUUAACCUUAUUUAACCUUUCAAAUGAUUAAUAAAGAAACUUGAGCACAAUUAA